GUCCCUGAUUGGCUGUCCUGCCACACGUGAUCAACGGUCGCGGGAAGUGCUCUGCCACGCGCGUGAUGGGAAGAACCGAGUUCUUGACUCAUUCAAACUUUUUGUAAACAUUGCUAAGGUUUUAUCUGGGACGGCAGGGUUUCUGGGUCAGUGAGUCGCGGACUCCAGACGGACGAAGACCGACUUUUAUCCGGGACUAGGAUAUCUUUUUUUAGUUGGUUCUGGCUGAAGGAACGGUUUCCGCCGUGCUUUAAGCUAGUCCGGGGCCAUCUUUUAGCGUGUAGGAAUUUGCGAACCCCCAAUGAGGGGGAUUUUUCUAGUAAAACGUUGUUUUUCGAUUCAUUUUCAGCCGAUACCUUUAUUUAAAGGUAGUUACAGUCUGAUUUAUUGGGGCGGAGACGUUGCUGCCACCAUAUUUUCGCACUAGCCCCGUGUUUUGCGUCCAAGCAGGGGUUUAAACUCCGAAAAUGUCGAGUUACACCCGCAGACGUCUCGGAACUCCUCCCAAGAACCGCCACAUCCGACAGAAACUGCAGUUCACGUCCAGCGACGGCGAGGAGGACUCCAUCGAGGAUGUUAACAACAGCACCGGGGGCGAGUCCGGAUUCACCGACAUGGACUCCCCCGUGCCGGUCCGACGGGGAGCCGCCGAUAAGCGGCUGGGAGGCAACAGCAGCCCCCUGGACCACUCCGGAGCGGAAGACGACGUGGAGCUGUGGGACGAGGAGAGCUUCGACUCCCCGUCCCACCUACAGUCACCGAACAGCGUCAUUUACACGGACUGCGCAUCGCCGAGGAAGAGCCCCCGGUUGUACGGGGGCUCACCUGAGCAUGGCUUCGUCCAGGACGACGGGGAGGGUUCCAGCUCCCCCAUCCCGGACUGUCCGGACACCCCCCCGCACAAGACCUUCAGGAAGCUCCGGCUGUUUGACACCCCCCACACACCAAAGAGUUUGCUGUCCAGAGCCAGGGGCUCCGGCUCCUUGUCCUCCAGCAGGAGAAUCGCGCUCUUCAAAAAGGUGGAGUCUCCUGGAAAGUCUGCUUCAGACAGCAGAAGGAGACAGCAGGCCCCCCUGGUGAACUUUAACCCCUUCACCCCAGACUCCCUCCUCAUUCAGUCCGCCACACAGCAGAGGAACAACAGAAAACGGGCCCAUUGGAACGACUCUUGUGGAGAAGACAUGGAGGCAAGUGAUGGUGAAGGAGUGGAUGAGAUCCUCCCUCCACCCAAGAGAAUCACCAUGAUGGAGAGCAACAUGAUGUCUCGCUACACCUCGGAGUUUCUUGAGCUGGAGAAAAUAGGCUGUGGCGAGUUUGGAGCCGUGUUCAAAUGUGUGAAGAGACUGGAUGGUUGUAUUUAUGCCAUCAAGAGAUCAAAGAAACCUCUGGCAGGAUCAGUCGACGAACAAAAUGCAUUACGGGAGGUGUACGCUCACGCCGUGUUGGGCCAGCACCCUCACGUGGUGCGCUACUACUCAGCUUGGGCUGAGGACGACCACAUGCUCAUCCAGAACGAGUACUGCAACGGCGGCACGCUGUCAGACGUGAUCACUGAGAACUACAGGCGGCUCAGCUACCUAACGGAGCUGGAGCUGAAAGACCUGCUGCUGCAGGUGGCACGAGGACUCAAGUACAUCCACUCCACCUCUCUGGUGCACAUGGACAUCAAGCCCAGCAACAUUUUCAUUUCCCGGAAGCCUGUAGCCAGCUUUGAUGAAUGUGAUGAGGAUGAUGGACUAGCAACCAGUGUUAUUUACAAAAUAGGUGAUCUUGGUCACGUGACUACGGUGAACAAUCCACAGGUGGAGGAAGGUGACAGCCGAUAUUUGGCUAAUGAAGUUUUGCAGGAGGACUACAGUAACCUCAGAAAGGCAGACAUAUUCGCUUUAGCUCUUACUGUUGUUGGGGCCUCUGGCGCUGAACCUCUACCCUCCAACGGGGAAAAGUGGCAUGAAAUCAGAAAGGGUAAACUGCCCUCCAUCCCCCAGGUGCUUUCUCCAGAGUUCCUGGCUCUGCUCAAGCUGAUGAUCCACCCUGACCCGGUCAGACGACCUUCGGCCUCUGACCUCCUCAGACACCCGGUGCUCCUGACCUCUGCCAGAAUGAGUGCAGACCAGCUCCGAGUGGAGCUGAAUGCGGAAAAAUUCAAGAAUGCUUUGCUUCAGAAGGAGCUGAAAAAAGCCCAGAUGGCCAGAGCAGCAGCUGAGGAGAAGGUUCUGUCCACGGACAGAGUCCUGACCCGCUCCACACUCCAGUCCAACCCCAGAACCUCCAGACUCAUUGGAAAAAAGAUGAACCGCUCAGUCAGCCUUACCAUCUACUAAGACUUUGAAGCCAAAGCUCUUGGCCGAAGGACCUUCUAAUCACACUCAAUCCGAGUCCUGUGUGUGGUUUUUAUUUUGUUUUUUUGGAUCUGGCUCCUUUCAGAGUUUUGGACUGCUGCCACACAGAACUGGAAGUUCUUUACAGCUUUGUUGUAUAGUUCAAGCCUUCUGCGGAUGUGUCUUUCUUUAGAAAACCGUGUUUUCUCUGAGGCCGUUGCUUCACCCUUCACACCGAGUCAUUCCUGUCAGUGCGUGGAGAUCAGGCUCUGCACCGCCGUGUUCUUGCACUUCCCCUUGAAGAAGCUGAAAGCCUUUGGUAGCAGAUCAAAGCUCCGUCUGUCUCCAGUGUGAAUGUACUUCCCUCCACCAUGUGCACCUUACUGCCUGUCAUGAGCCUGAUGCUGGUACAGGAGUGCCUGAGGAUCGAUCACGUCUCUGUUUGGAAUGGAGCACUUUGAAGGCACCGUGUGGCCACAGUGUUGACCACAUGUUUAUGUUUUUACAAAAUAUGAAAAAUAAACUUGCUGCUAUUGAGUUAUUUUUGUGUAUCAGGGUUUGGUCAGUUUCAGCUGGAUUGUUCUGCAGAUGUACACCAGUCAUUUACCAAUUGAGUUUGACUGCUUAGGUGUCAAAUUCACUGUUGUUUUGAUGAAGAGAUGAUUUGUCUGAAUGAAUCCAGUCUGGUUGAUCCGUGCUGCCAGCCCUCCCUGUAGCAUUAGAACAGCCGUGGUCCUGUUUGUCAUUCUUCAUGUGAUCUGCUGUCGCUCUUCCAGCUCAUCCUUGGACUGUUUCGAUUUGUUGUUUUCAUCCUUUUGUUCUUGUAGCUUCAAACACAAAAGCUUCAUGUUGUAACAUGUACAUAUGUUCUUUAAAUAAAACUUCAUCAUUUUUCCUCUCCUGUUUUAUA